AGCUAGUAGCGGAGUAACUUUCAAACGGCACGGUUCUCGUACAGUGUGCACUACACGGCGUAUAAGCAACGUGUGAAGCAUUUCAUGUGUGUCAACUAAGCUAUACAAAUGUGUCAAAAGUGAAGGAUAGUUGAAAGCAUAAUGUGCGAUUUGCACUAAAAGUUUUAGGCAAUAACAAAUGUAAAAUAAUCAAACGUAAUUUGUGUAGUAGAGAAACUAAAGUGACAAAACUUAAAGCUGUGUAUAGUUAUUUGAAUAACUCGCCUUUGCCGAUGUCAUUGAAACUCAGUUGCUUGACAGCGCUAUACUUUUACAGUUGCGCAACUAAAAUUUACGUAUUCAUGCGCGCAUAGAAGCUAAGACGUUACUAAAAUAAACAAACAAAUACACACACAUAUGCACAUACAUGCGGUUCUGUCCGCGAAACUGCUCUGCUGGAAAUAACAAAUACCCAAGUGUGUUUAUGUAGUGCAUGUUGAAUUUAUAUUUGUUUUGAACAUACAGCAGCACGUGUAUGCCAGUGUAUAAAUCACAGUAGACGCUUUCAAGUACAAAGCGCAUUGCAUAAGUGUGCGCGCGCGAGUGUGUGUGUGCCUAUGCGGGCAAAGUGUAAAGUGCAGACAAAGCAGAUUAAUGUAAACGUUGCCGUUAAGGCAUUGAAGGCGUGCCGUGUGGAGUGAGUGCGCAUGAAACAGUAAGUGGCAUUGCAUAAAUCAUGAACCAAUGCGUGUACUAUUAAAUAUUUCAAACUGAAUGCAGAUUUUACUUAUACAAGUGUGUAAAUGUGUUUAAUGGGCCGACACGCAGAGCGCCAGACGACUGUGUGAAUCGCUCGAAGGUGCGAAACGCUUGAGUUUCCAUUUAGUUGCAAAAUCGAGCAACAGAAAACAAUGUCACCAGUAACACCACAAGUACCGCUAGCAAAUGUAGACUUUAAACUAAAAGCACCAACAACAACGUUACGAGCAGCUAUUGCAACAACGGAAGUUCUAAUAUUGGGUAACGCAGAGCAUAAUAAAAACUUAACCAAAAGUUUAAUAAAAGUUAAAGAGUAAAAGAACAGUGAGUCCAGCAGAGUGGUGCACAGAGCACCGGGUGUGCAGCGUUUUGAGUACGCCUACCGCAUCAGAGCGGCGGAAAUAGACGAUAACAGGAAGUGUGAGAAAAACAGGAAGUGCUAAAAUAGCAAAAGUCAGCCACACACACAUACACAGCCGAAAAUUCAGCGGAAAUGUUUACAAAAAUGCAAAAGUUCUACAUUUUAGCAUUUUCAAUUGCAACAGUGUUGGCGUUUGCCGAUGCAAAUGGUUUCGCCGAGUCAGGUUUACAGCCAGCGACAACGACAGAGGAAGCACCGAUAGUGGGUGCGACGGUGAUAGUGGGCGAGCAGGCAAUGGAACGCAUGCAGGCAGGUGGGGAUGCAAAAGCGACGCGACAACAAAAACUGGCGAUGACCCACACACAGCCGCUAACAACAACCGCAACAGCAACGGCAGCAGCAGCAACAACAACUGUAACAUUCGGAUCCUCAAAUGCGCCAGCAACACUAACGUCGGCAAACGAUGCGGACGAGCAAGUUUUGAAUACCGCAACAGCAAUACCAGCAACAGCACAGCCAGCUGAGGGAAUGAGUAAUGAGCAGGCAAAGCCAGCACAGCUGCAACAACAGUACGCAGUAGAGAACGUAGCAGUAGAGAAGGCCGCAGCAGCGGUUACUGAAGCGGGUGGAAACCAGCAAGUAUAUGGCUUUGUAAAAAAUGAUAUUAGAAAGGGGCCAACAGCAACAACAAACCAAAUUAAUGCUGCGGCAUACGAGCAUGGUGUAGCAACACCAGUCAUACCCACGAGUAGUGGCAGUGCAUCAGCAGGCGGUACAGCAAGCAAAUUUAGGGAAGCGCCAACAGUGGAUGCCGAAAGUAAAUCACGUGCGGAUACACUACCGCCAGGCAAUGGUGCGGCGAGUAAUGGCGGCGGUGCAGCAAAACCCAAAGAGCACGGAAAUGUAGCAAAAACACAAAUCAUUAAAAAUGCAGAGGAGUUGCGUAUAGCACGCCAGAACGACAAGCAAGCGGAUGUGUAUGCAGAUGAGCUGGUUGGUGAGCGCAACGAUUCCAAAGUAGGGGAAAUUGAAACAGCCGACAGCGUUGCAAAUGCUGAGCGCGGUGUUAGAAAAGUGACAAAGCAGUGGGAGGCCGAUAACAAAAUGGAAGCGACUAGUGACUUACAGCCAAUUGUGAAGGAAAAUAGCGGAACUGUUCAAGUGAAGAAGCCACAAGAGGAUGCAACUGCAAUGUGGUUAAGAGAGGAGGUGACUACAAGCAAACAGAUGACAGGGGCAGUCGAUACUAACACUUUAAGAGCGAAAUAUACCGACAGCGCGGAGACAGUCACAAAGUCAACGGCAACCGAAGCGGCAACGGUAGAACCAGUAAAAGAUUCAGUAAAAGAUGACACAGCAACAGCACAACCAGCAAAGGAUGGCAUCAAUAUUGAGCUGCGACUCAAAGAUGGGCUAUACCGCAUUAAAUUGGCUGAAAUUGUAACAGACGAAUACAAUGGCAGUGAUGCGGAGGAGCAGCAGAUGCAGCAGUCAAAAGCUGACGCACCAAUGACGGGCAAUACAACUGCAGCGGGUGCCAACAAACCAAGCGCACUACUAGAAAUACAAGUGAGCGCAGAAGAGGAGGAAUACAACAAAGCACGAACUGCAGGCGAGUUGACAACAAUAUCUGCGCUACAUAAACUACAAAAGCAACAUGCAGUCACUGAACAACUAGGCCAACAUGCACAGCACACUACACAAACUGCACUGAUAAAACCAGUUAAACAAAAAGCACAACAACAGCCAGGAGAACAAGAGCUCAAGCAACAACAGCCACAACAGCAACCAAACCAAUUACGCCGCAAGUUGCCAGCGCACCAAGAUAUAGAAAACCGACAGGUGCAGCAACACAAAGCACACACCGCAAGCGAGUUGGAUAACAUGAAUAGCCAGCAUAUGAAAAACAACAACCACAACAACAACGAAAAACAGAAUGACCAUGUCGAAAACACAAAGCACACAAGCACUGUAAUUGUGUCGCGAUCCACGCCACAGCCCACGCCGCCCGCACUCAACAUAGUUGAUCUAUAUCCCAUGAAAAUGGAAGAUUUCAAUCCAAUUAUACGUGACUCCAAUGCGAAGUUGUUAAAAGCGCGUACCAUCUAUAAGCCGGUGGAUAGCGGCGAGGAUCAGCCGUUGCAACCAGCUGACGGGUUGUACGAACGUGCCGACGACGUCAAGGAAAUAGGACACCAACAGAAUUUAUUGCCAAAUGAAGUAAAUGCGCUGGAUAACAUUGUACAACGUUACGACAAUAUCAAUAAUUUGGCCGCCGCACAGCACAACGUCAAUCGUAGGCCAGUAGUAGGCGCGGCAAUAACAACAACAGCCACGACACAGAGUAAUGGAGUUGUAGCGGCAACUAUUAGCCAACAAGCAGAACGCCGACAGCAGCAGGCCGAUACCAUCAGUGAUUUCACCGGAAAACUGCUGGCCGAACAGGAUGGUGUCAUUACGGAAAUCGAGCAAAAGUUCCGCUUGAAUGAGUUUGCGGCAACGCCGACAAUGUUGGCCACCGAAUCAGCGACAACAAGAGCAACAACAAGUAAAGAACGACAACUGACUGGCGGCAAAGCGAGCUUUAGUGUCAACCACAAAGUGCAACCAACCAAAAGUGUCGGCAAUAAAUACGCUAAAUAUAAAGGCGCUGGUAUGCAACGCAGUACAACGCAACACGACUUCAUCGAGCGACGCGUCAAGAAAAGUUUCGACUUUCCCAUGCAUCGUGCAGCCAGCGUCAGCGAUGCACUCGGCAUGCCACAUGUCGAUUUCGCCAAUACAAAGUUCAACACGGAUGGUGGCGGCACGCAAAGUCACAGCGAAAUGACGGUUGGUGGCACGGAGAGCGGUAAUGGCGCAUUGAGAGCGGCGCUUGGCACACAUCCGGAAUUUUCGACGACAAAAUUCUACAACAGCAAAGAACUCUACAAUGAAAUGAUGCUACACAAUCGGCAACGGCUAAAGGCAAAAGCCAAGGUAGAGCAGGCAGCAGCCGCAGCGGCAACAGCAACAACAACCAAAAAUACCGUCGAAAGUGCGGCAAGUCGAUUUGCGUUACGCCAAAGUGCAAAGUUGGCAACUUCAAAGUAUACGCCAAACGCAGAAACAAGCAAAGCAAUUACGGGUGAAGUGCACAUGAACUCGCAGCGUCGGGUUAAUAGCGACAGCGUGACCAAGAAUGUAACUGAAUUGCGCGCAGAUAACAAAGUUGCGGUGAAUGGGGGCGGCAGCGAAGUACAACGCGUUGUGAAGGCGAUAAAUGUUGCAGCGAACGCAGAAAAGAAAGGCGAAGUGCAGUUGAGUCAGCUGGUGACGCCAGAAAAUGCACAAAACGUAAAGGAAAACGCGCAAAUGCUGACUGUUGCAACCACCAUUAGCUCAACAAAUAUCCAACCCACUGUUGGCGACAAACCGACUAAGAAAUACCAAAAAGAAUUGCAACGCGCUAAAUUGCUGCUCAAGACACUUUUGUUGCCACCGACAAGCGUUAAUGUCACCAGUGCGAACAAGUUCAAUCCAACAGCAGCCACAGCCACAACAACGCGCGUAAUUGCAGCAGGAAAUAGCCAAAAUUACAGCAGUGAAGCCAAUUUGCACACACCACACACAGCUGCCGACACGCCUGACACAGUUACAGUUACGGCAAGUCAUUUAGAUUUAGUUGCAACGGCCAAAACUUUUGACAUUAUGUCGUUGUCGCGUAAAAGCCAAGCCGUUACGCCUCCCAUAGCAACGGAUGCAGCUGUUGGCAAUAUUGACAGCGCCAUCGACAGUGCAAUGACAAGCCAGCCCGUUGCCGCCGCGUCACUGAAACGGGUUAAUUUUGAUGGCGUUGACAUAGCGCAUGUUAAGCGCGCGCAACUAACGCUCAUUGCAACAACUGCCUCAACUACAACAAGCAAAAAUGGUAUGACAACAGCUGCGACGAUUUCUUCUAAAAAACAUUUUUCGCCCACAACUGCAGCAGCAGUUGACGCCACAACUCCAACGUUGCUUCUCUAUCCAUAUCCACAGUUGCAGCAUACAAAGACGACCCAUAUUAGCCAACCGCAUGAUACCACAGCCACAGCGCGCAGCACAAGCAGCACAAUGAUGUCUGCCGCUCGCACCAACACCACCUCCACCUCGAGCACCACCACUACCACCGCAAAUCUCUCGAAAUCCUCCUCAAAGCCAAUCGUCCGACCACGCAUACUUAGUCGCCUGCAGGAGAAAAUCAACUCACUCGAAUGUGAAAUACAAAACGUGCCAAGCGAUGCGCACUUGUGGCGCGGCAAUGAGACGCAUGAACUGCUGCUACCCAUUAUGACCUCCGAGAAUUGCCCAUACGGCGGUACAGACUGUUCGCCAUUAUUAGUCUCCUGGGAAGGUGAAGCCGAAAUACAGUCGGGCGAUAUUUUAAUCGUGGAAAUCAAUGACACUUUACUGCAUUUCAAUCAGCAUCACAUCACGCACACCAGUCUUGCUCACAAUACUCAAGUCUAUCAGGUGACACGCUCGGGACAUGAGCAUUGCGACGUUACGGAGGGUAUACUAUUGGAUAUAACACCGUUGGUUGUCGAUGGCAGGAAACUGGUGACACUCUACGAUAAGGAUCUCACCGAGGGAGUCAACUUGCUAAUUGUUGUUUCCGAGUUGUGGGGCACGCAGUGUGUUCGUCUGAAGGUCACCGCAAAAACCGACAAUUGUGGCGAAAGCGCUGAAUGCUCUGGCAAAGGUGUGUGCUACUCAAAUUCAGCGAUGGAGGAGUAUGAGUGCCAGUGCUGCAGCGGUUUUGCUGGUCCCCACUGUGAGGAGAUUGACGCUUGUACGCCCAGUCCAUGCACCAACAAUGGCAUUUGUGUUGACCUUUCGCAAGGGCAUGAGGGAAAUUCAUAUCAAUGCUUGUGUCCAUAUGGUUACACGGGCAAGAAUUGUCAAUACGAGUCGGAUCCAUGCAAUUCGGCGGAAUGUAUGAAUGGCGGUAGCUGUGUGGGCAAUUCGACACAUUUCAGAUGUGACUGCACGCCUGGCUAUACGGGCCCACUGUGCCAACACAGCCUCAACGAAUGCGAAUCAUCACCAUGUGUACAUGGCAUUUGUGUGGAUCAAGAGGAUGGAUUCCGUUGUUUCUGCCAGCCGGGAUUCGCUGGUGAACUCUGCAAUUUUGAAUAUAAUGAAUGCGAAUCGAAUCCAUGUCAGAACGAUGGCGAAUGCAUCGAUCACAUUGGCAAUUUCGAAUGUCGCUGCACCAAAGGAUACACUGGAGCGCGCUGCCAAAUUAAGGUGGAUUUUUGCGCUAACAAACCCUGCCCCGAUGGCCAUCACUGCAUUGACAAUGGAAACGAUUUCAGCUGUGAAUGCCCGGGAGGACGCAAUGGCCUGGAUUGUAAUCAAAUGCCACGAAAGCAAUGCGCUGAGAAUCUCUGCAAGCACGGCGGCACAUGCUGGACCAGCGGAGCCUCCUUCUACUGCGCCUGCCGACCGGGUUACACCGGCAAUAUGUGCGAAGACGAAUUUGUUGUGGAGACGGUCGUUAGUUCCAGCGAGUUUAUGGUUGACGAUACGAGCGCCAGAAAUUUUAAUGACAAAACUUUCGGUUCAUCGGUUGUGCUAAAGAGCCCCAUUGAAUUGCAUAAUGCAUACUUUGGUGCGGGUGUGCUGGCGGCAGCCGUUUUUAUUGUGGCCGUUGUGGUGGCCAUCUGUCACUGCAAGGUGAAUCAGACGUACCGUAAAUUUUCAACGCGCUCCUCCACAUUCUUCCCAAUACUGGGCUUUGGACGACGCAGCAAAUCUCAAAGCAAACUCAACAAACACUGGCUCAGCGGCAAAGGAUUGGGCGGUGGCGGCGGUGCGGGCGCCAGCGGUUCACUGCGCUCGUCCGGCUCAACGACAUCGCUGACGCGCGGACAUCUACCCUCGGCGCAACAUGGCUCCGCCGCUCAUUCGUCACAUCAGCGUCAACAGCAGCAACAGCUGGGCGGCCAAAUGCACGAACGACCGUUCCAACGGCAUUUGGCGAUGAAUUUGGAGAACGAUAUGUAUUAUACAGUUGAUUUUAGCGAGAAUUCACAGCACUCACCGCUGAUACAGUGAGCCAAAGACAAGCGCGCUCCACAGGGUAAAGCAGCGGUCGCCGACGCUGUUGCCGCUGCUGCUGCUGUUGUGGGCGGUCUGGUAGUGCGGGCGUUAGUGGGUGUUGUUGGCAAGCAACGAUUCGGAGCGAUUGUUGGCAUGGGUGCGGUUAAGAGGGAAGCAACAACGGUGGUGAUGGGUGCUGAGGUUCAGCACACGAGUGCGAAUAGCAAUAGCUGCAACAACAACAAAUACAAUAACAACACGCCCACUAAUUGGUUAGUUAAAUUUACAAAACGUUCUUAUUAAUGGCCAAAUGCUGAUUAUGAUCAUAAUUAUGUAGACGACGCUGAUAAUAAUGAUAAUAAUUAUGAGUUAAUUAUACAGUUAAUUGAAAAUAAUGCAUAUGUACACACAUACAUACAUACAUACAUAUGUAUGUAAUUGCGCGUGCAGUGAAGGCUUGCCUGCUAGCGAGUUUGGCGGCACUGCGACUGGUGCAGCACUGGUGAAAACACCGUUAGCCAAAGUCCGCAUUUUAUUUUUAUUUUUUUUUGCAUAGCAAAGGGAAGCUGUCGCUACUUGCUAGUUGUAGUUGUGAGAGUUUUUCAAGUGAAAUACUGCAGGUAUUGAAACUUUAAUUGAAAUGUCCAUGCUUUCAUUGCGCGCCUGGCUACAAACUGUUCCACAAGCAAGUGAAUAUGUAUGUGUGCGUGUAGAUUGGUAAAUGUAGAUGUGUAAAUGGGAUUCUAAACAGCAUAAGUUAUAAUGAAGGACAACUAAAAUCAAACUGAAAUUUUAAUAAGCUUAAUUACAAGCGAAGUAAUGAAAUACAUUACACUACACACAUAUAAAAUUACAUUCGAUCAAGUUGAAAAUGAUUUGUAGAUACUUUUUAUGCGUCAGCACGUGAAUGUGUUGUUGCAGCGAUAAUAAUUGAACAGACGAAAACGAAAAUUUAAUUAAAUUAAAACAAGUAAGAAAUUGCAUUUUAAAAUAUCUACUUAAUUAGUGUUAUCCACCGCUUUAAGUGGACAGCCGAAACGUAUUGAAAGACACCUUUGCAUAUGCAGACACUUCAGGCUCACAAAUUAAAAUUCUAAUUGGCGCGUUGGUUAAAGUUUAGUUCAAUAAAAGUGUAAACCGAAAAUAAAUACAAAUUAAAAUAAAAUUCAAAUUAGGCAUAGAAAUAGUGAAAUAUAGUGAAGAACAACAGUUAUUAAAAUAAAGGAUAAUAAAGUAUUAUUACAAAAAAAACUAAAAGCAUAACAAAUACUCGUAAGAAAGUAUCUAACAUUUUGCUACGACUCGCUCCUUAUAAAAUGACUGGUUUAACGAUGCAUAAAUGCAAGGUUUAGCAUAAAAAA